AUGGCCCCUGCCGGAUCAUCCUACAUCAUUGUCGGCGCGGGGGUUUUCGGAGUGUCGACCGCCUACCACCUGAUUCGAAAGUACCCCUCGGCGUCGGUGACGCUCGUGGACCGCGAUGCCUUUGACGCCGACAGCCGGGUCGCGGCGUCGUGGGACUGGAACAAGGUGAUGCGCGCCGACUACGACGACCCCGUGUACUGCGAGCUGGCGCUCGAGGCGCAGGACGUCUUCACGUCGGAUCCCCUGUGGCGGCCGUUCUUCCACCAGACGGGGCUCUACUGGAUGUGCGGGCGCGACUACGCCCGCGACUGCAUCCGCAACUUUGAGCGGCUCGGCCGCCACCACGACAUCUCCGUCUGGCCCGUCGACGAGGCGCGCACCAUGUUUGGCGGCCUGUUCAGCGAGUCCGACUACACCAACGUCGAGCAGGUGCUCGUCAACCGGGCCAGCGGCUGGGUCGCCGCCGGGGACUGCCUGCAGGCCGUCACCCGCAGGGCCCUGGAGCUGGGCGUCGCCUACGUGGCCGACGAGGUGGCGGCGCUGCAGGUCGACCGCGCCGGGCGGUGCACCGGCGUCCGGACCGCCGGCGGCCGGAGCCUCGAGGCGGCCCACGUCGUCCUCUGCACCGGCGCCUUCACGCCCAAGCUGCUGGAGGUGAGCGCCGCGGCGAGCGGCCUCGACGCCCUGCAGGCCGGCUCGAGGAUCUUGGCCGGCGGCAUCACCACGGGCAUGACGCGGCUGGACGAUGACUCGUACGCAAAGUUUGCGGAUAUGCCGGUCGGCAUUCAGGGAUACACGACGCUCAAAGCGCCCUUUAUGGGAAGCCUGCCGCCCACCAAGGACAGGGAGCUCAAGUGGUGGGGGCAAAAGAUCUUCAAGAACACCAAGGAGGUCCUUCCCGGGCGCUUCAUCUCGAUGCCGCCCGCGGAAGCCGACUAUGCGCAGUGGAAGAUAUCCGAACGGCUCAAGGAGGACAUUCUCAACGUGAGCAGCGCCUUUUACGGAAGCCAAGCUGCAAAGUGGAAGUUUGAGAAGCACCGCAUCUGCUGGGACGCCUUCACCACCAGCUCCGACUUCAUCAUCUCGCCGCACACGGCGGCCAAGGGACUCUACGUGGCGACGUGCGGCUCGUUCCACGGGUACAAGUUCUUCCCCGUGAUUGGGAAAUACGUGGUGGACAUGCUGGAGGACUCGCUCCCGGCCCAGCUGGCGAACAAAUGGGCGUGGGACCGCGAAAGGCCCGACCCGUCCGUCAACCCCGACUGGCCGACCUUCGAGAUGAAGGACUUGCUGGAUCCUGUGAGGGAGUCGAGGCUUUAA